UAAUGCACAAGCACAACAGUCGCACACGGACCGUUUCGAGUUUAGAAGUUAAGACUAAGAAGAAUCCCUAAACAGACACCUCUAUUUGCUGCUCUCUGUGUUCGUCUCAUCGCCGCUGCCACCAUUUUGGGGGAAAGGAAUCCCCUCCGGUUAAAACUCAGGUAUUGUAUUAUCAUUAUCACUCUCAUUAUUCAGAAGCCAGAAGCGAGAGGCUUCCGGGAUUCUUCAAAUCUUUGCUCUGCCGUCUCAAACUUUGUAGAGAAAGAAAAAUAGCUGAAACUUGAUUUAGAUUUCACCUCAUCCUUUUCGUAUGUCAGUUGGUAUUUGCAUGAGACUGAUGGAGGAUUCAGAAGCUUUUGCUGACAAAUCUAAGAAACGGGAAUGCCAGAAAUCUUCGGUUAAAUCGGAUGAGCCGGCGGCGGUGCUUGUUUCGAUGGGUCCUAUCACUCCCGAUUCCGCCAGAGAUAUUGGGGAUUUCCCAAUUGAUUUCAAAUCACCAAUCACAUUGCUUAAUAAUAAUAAGGUGGCUUCCUUUGAACCUAACGGCGACAGAGACAGAGAUGAUGGAGACCAAUUUGUUUGUAUCGGCAGCCCUCGGACGCCCAAGGAUGAUGUGUUCGACCCAUUUGCGCCAGGUCCUGACGACUUGGCCUUGGCUCCCUUCUGCAAUAAGUACCUCCAUGUGUCCAAGGGCAUUAUUGCACGCCGCCUCAAUUUUGAUUUUUCUUCCAUCGGAACUCUGGAGGAGGAGGAAGCUGGUGCGCAGUCCCUUUCGGAUGAAGAGAUGUUAGAAUCGGUUUAUGAGAAUCUGUUAGAAGUUAUAGUCUCAAAGCAGACCGAGGGUCUUCUCUCUGGGAUUUCACAUGUUGAUUGCGUUUCUGAUGGGUGUAAAACACCUCCGUCGGCGCCACGAUUAAGUGGAGUUGCUGAUACUUGUCCUGGGGCUCCUACGAAGCCCACUGGGAAACCAAGGAAAAUUGAUUUGGGGUUAUGCAGAAAGCUUGAUUUCUGACUUCAAUGGCCUCUGGUUGGAUUAUAUAUGAAACAAACAGCACUGAGAGUUAACCAUCUGAAUUGCCUUCCAGUAUUUUGGGUACCCGUCUUCUUUGAUGAUGCCAAGGCCUUUGAAGAGAAAAGAUUUCCCCCACCGAAGCGCUUCAUUCUUUCAAAGCUUAGUCUUUUCCUUGCAAGUUUGCCUGCUGAUGGUCAUUUUUAGAACAGCAAUGGUCAGUUGGCACUCAGAUACAGCAACAGCAUGUCUUUUGAAAAUUCCCAAGAAGGAGAUCCUGCCCGGAAUUCUAGUAUGUGUUUCCAUGACGAGAUCGCCACCUAGUACAUCAUUGAUCAAACCUGUCAAGUUGGACGCUAUCUCGUCCACCUCCAUCGUGAGGCUGCAAGAAACUGUUGCGGAGCCCCUUGCAGGAAUCAAACCCGGAUAGAUAUCGGCCUCUCCCACCUGCUUUCCUUGGUAAAACAGGAGACUCUUGCCUUGCCCAUGCUUGAAGCUGGCGCGGUUUCGGUUCUUGACGAGGAGCUUGAUGUCAAGGGUGAGGUUGAGUUCAACCCGAAUGACAGGGAAUGAGACACGAGGAGCAACACCUUCAGCGGCUGCAGAGAGGAGUUGGAUCCUGGGUGGUUUGUACUUAAAGACAGUCAGGGCUAAAAUCAGGGCGAUUGCAAACAGCAGAAUGAGCAAGACAAGCGCAGCCCACCCUGCUACAAUUAGACACCGGCGUCUUUUCAUUUGUUUUGUGUUCAUGGGGACUCUUUCCCUUCCCCCACUUGUAAUUGUACUGCUGCUAUUGUUUCCGGGGUCCAUGGGGACUUGGUCGUUCUUCUUUUCCGCCA